CUAAAAAGUAGUAAAUAGUUGAAAGUUGCUAAUUAGCUCAAAUACUAACGUUGUCUGUGAUGAGAUUCAAACUCGCAACCUUUGGGUUGCUAGAUGUUCUCAUUCUACGCCAACCCAUCCACUCCGACCAACCACCCUACGUACGUGUUUGCCUUAAGUAACAAUCUGUCUUCUUUAACCGUACCAAAAGUAACAUAUCAUACUAAUUUGAGUGUCUUGGAUUUUACACUUCCUAUGUUACCUCUAGUCUAUGGGACCAGGCUGUGAAUCAACGUGUAAAACUGAUUGGAUUUGCAAAAAGUCAACAACAUAAGGGCGUUUUACCUAAAUCCAAUGACAUGGUGAAUUGUUUUGUUGAUUUCACGUUGAAUUCACGUUAGUUGACAACUCAACCAAAUGUAAAUCGAAACUAGAUGUUGAAAUGACUUCUGUGCUCAGCGGCCAAGCUAUGUGAUUAAAUCUGAACUUUCAAGUUCAUAUCAUACUCCACAUCAUACACAGAGAACUUGUGAACUGCAACCAAAAGUUUAUGGGUCUCUGUCUCACAGUCUGAUACAUCAACAAAUUAUUUGUAGAAUAGGAAUAUUUUUGGUUGAGAAGGUGGCAUGGUAUAUCCUUGCUUUAGUUCAACAUUAUGGCCUAUCAUUCAAGGCUCAAAUUCGUAUUUGUAUUUGGUGAAUAUUACCUCAUAAAUAGCUACAAUGAAAUUAAAUGUCUUACAAUUACUUGCACGCACUAUUUGGCUAUACCCAAUGAAGAGGUUACAUUCUCAAUUGUAUAUUGAGAAUUAUUUGUGAUUUAUCAUUAUGGUCUUUGUAUUAAUUUAAUUAAUUAAUUGUAUUUUUUUCUUAUAUGGGAUUUCCUGUGAUACAUCAUUUGGGGAAAGAAAUACAAAAAUAGCCCACAACUGGCCAGUAAUAAGGUUAGACUGAGCAGUCACCUUGCAUUAGGCUUCUUCUUAAUGUUGGGCUGCCCAAGAUGGCAGGGAAAUAUACAGCACUUCAGCUGUAGCACUUCAGCUUCCAGCUUCCAAUGCUGCCUGCAUUGUGUUCAACAAUAUGGGCCAUGGUUACUGAAAACAGCACAUGCAGUGUGAUUGUGCUGUGAUGCCUGGGGCAAGAUUAUCAUCUGUUCCAACGUGGAAUAUUUACUCCCAUUUUUCCAUUGGUACCUUACAACUGAGCACUGGCAACUAGGCCAGGUACUGUAGAAGACCUGUUUACAACAGUGAACAGCUUGAAUUUGAUUUACACUUGCAAUAAUACUAAUUAACAGCAUAACAAUCUUGGAUGCAUAUUGUGCCAUUUGAAAGACACACUGUGAUUUAUUCCAGUUUUGAUGACCUUUGUUCUCGAUUAAUCCACACUCUGACAUUUUCUAAUCUGUUUGACAGCCCUGUCUUAACCAUAAGAGAAAAAGGUUCUGUUGGUUGGUACUUUUUCUUGGAUAGGGCAUACAUUUCAUACAUUUGAUUUUAAUGGAUUGUCUUAUGGCCAAACAUUUAUGUAUCUUAAGUAUGAAAUGCAUACAUUGUUCAUUCUAGAAACUGUAGAAACUAUACCUUGGAGAGAGAGGUGAAAAUACCACAGUAUUAAUUUGAAUACAAUUGAAAUAGAACCUCCUCAUUUGCAUAUGACAGGCGACUAUUCACCUUUUACGUUUCUCCACAUUAAUACGUAAAGGUUGUCUAUUUUACUGUACAUAUUUAGAGAAAACUGUAGAGGUUAUUCUUUCCGUCUGAGUUGCUUCUGUGAGACACACACAUACACACGCUGUUAGUUAAGUCACAAGGCUCUGUACUCGAGGUUCAGAGUAGCAUCAGUAAAACCUUUCUGGGUGAAUGAAUGGCUGUGACAGAACAGAAGUCAUCCUGGAUGAAAUAAACAAAUAGUAGAGCUACAGUAGUAGAGCUAGAGCACCAGUCAUGAAGGCGACUGACUGACCAAGCCAGGGAACAAUGGGGCCAUUGGCAGGAGUCCUGAGUGUCCUGCCUGUACUUGGUGGUGAGGAGUUUUGAAGAAAAAUGAGCCAUUGUCUCUCUGUCAUCCUGCUUCCGAGCCUCGGGGAAGCUAAGCAACGUCUCUGGAAGCCAUCCCAGAAUGCUCCACUGUGAAGAAUACUAGUCUGGUCAAAUCUAGCCGGCCCCAUGGAGAGAUUCUAGUUGAAAAGCCUCUAUGACCACCAUGAGCUGGAGCUUUCUCACGCGUCUUCUGGAAGAGAUCCACAACCAUUCCACCUUUGUGGGGAAAGUGUGGCUCACGGUGCUCAUCAUAUUCCGCAUUGUGCUGACCGCUGUGGGGGGCGAGUCCAUCUACUCUGACGAGCAGACCAAGUUCACCUGUAACACCAAGCAGCCCGGUUGUGACAACGUGUGCUACGAUGCCUUCGCCCCACUCUCACAUGUCCGCUUCUGGGUUUUCCAGAUCAUCAUGAUCUCCACCCCCUCGGUAAUGUACCUGGGCUACGCCAUCCACAAGAUAGCCCGCACCUCCGAGUUGGAGCGCCGGAAGUUCCACCGCCGGAAGAAGCUCAUUCAUGCUCAAAGGUGGAUGGAAAGCCACCCGCUUGAGGAGGUGCUGGAGGAGGAUGAGGACAACAAUGCAGAGCCUAUGAUCUACCAGGAGGAGAUGGUGGAAGCUCAAGAAGUCAAGCCUGAGCCGGCCAAGCCGCAGAAACAUGACGGCCGCCGGCGGAUCAUGCAAGAGGGCCUGAUGAGAAUCUAUGUCCUUCAGCUACUGUCCCGGGCCGUGUUUGAGAUUGGCUUCCUGGUGGGCCAGUAUCUUCUCUAUGGCUUCCGUGUUAAUUCAUCAUAUGUGUGCAAUAAGGUGCCCUGUCCCCACAAUGUAGACUGCUUUAUUUCUCGGCCGACGGAGAAGACCAUCUUCCUGCUCAUCAUGUAUGUCGUCAGCUGCCUCUGCCUGCUCCUCAACGUGUGUGAGAUGUUCCACUUGAGCAUUGGAACAUUCCGAGACACUCUCCGCAAGAGGAGGAAUCAGGGGGGUCGACAGCCCUCGUAUAGUUACCCGUACUCCCAUAAUAUCCCCGCCUCUCCCCCCGGGUACAACCUGGUCAUGAAGUCAGACAGGCCCAACCGGAUUAUCCCCAACAGUCUAAUUAUGCACCAUGAGCAGAACAUGGCCAACGAUGUCCAGGAACAUAAACAAGAGUGCACCAGUCCAGAUGACAACAUCCCCUCGGACCUGGCCAGCCUGCACCGCCACCUACGGGUGGCCCAGGAGCAGCUCGAAAUGGCCUUCCAGACCUACAACACCAACAAGAACCAGCCCACCUCGAGGACAAGUAGUCCUGGAAGCACCAUGGCAGAGCAAAUCAGGGUCAACACAACCCAGGAGAAACAAGGAGCCAGGCCGAAAUCAGCCACUACAGAGAUUGCUGGGACCGUUGUAAAAAAUGGAAAGAGUUCUGUAUGGAUUUAGGAAUUAUUAACUUCACAUGGUACAGUAAUCGUAGUGAAAAGUAAUUUUCAAUCUCCAGGACCAUAUUCUGUGGAUAAUGGAAGAUGUGAAAUGAGACAAGAUAGUUAAAAGCUUUGGAGCGUAAAUCGAUUGCACUGCCUGAAUAGAUUUAGCUUUGUCACAAGGAGAAACCAGCAGUGUGAUGUGUCGGAUCAGGAGCACACAAAAUAUGCACUAUUUACAUGCGAUAACAAAACAAUGGUAAACAUAAAAAGGAAAAACAAACAUGAAGAUAUCACUAAAUACAGUAAUAGUGUAUCAUAUUAUUAGGGUGUCUUUUUGUGCUUUAAAUAACAUAGCUUGAACAUAGUUAAUAUAUGCAUAUGUUGCUUAGUCAAACAUUUAUUUUAGCUACUUACGAAUAUAGGGAGAUUUAAAAUGAACCAUGAUGGCAAUAUAUUUUGAAUUAUUUUUACUGGGAUUAUUAAUUUAACCUUGCUUUUGAACUGGAUUAAUUUGACAGAAUAUAUUUAUAAUGUCUUUAAAACUAUAACAAUAUGCAAGUGUGUCUAUUUUAAAUUGUGACUAGUUAAAAGCAAUACCGUGGUAAGCACAUUUUAAUGGCGCUACGAUUGAAUCCUGAUGAUGUUUAAGAAAAGGACAGUGAACCAAAUGUGAAAAGUAAUCUAGAAAUUCCUAACUGUUCAGAUUUGCACUUGGAACCUUUUAACAAAUUUUGAGUUGUAUUAAGACAUUUAAAAAAAUAUGCAUUAAUAAUUUAUUUGAGGAAGAAAUGCUGGAUAUGUAUGGGUUAGGUUGAAAGAUAAGAUGUGAAAUGUUAUAGGACAAAUGGUGUUCCAUCAGCAGAAGUUUGAGCAACACUGUUCUCCGUAGAGUAAGAUUUUAUUUCACUCUACUUUUCAAAGCUUUGUUGUAAGAUUACAUUUUUAUUUAGCAUUCUGCAGUGUCGGAAUAAAUUAGUUAAAGAAGAAGUGAAAGAAAAAGUUAAGUAGGUUGUUGUUUUGAAAAUUUGAACGAUCAAUUUCUGAUAAUUUCUGCUGUUUUUGUGGGGCAAAUAAUGAAUUAAUUUACUUUGCUACAUUUUAACACAAUGUACAUAUACAGUACAAUGCACAUAGUAGAAGAUGUACACUGAGUGAACAAGACAUUAAGGACACUUUCCUAAUA